AUGAUUGAGAACACUGAGCAGGUUGCUCAUACAGCCUAUGCAGUUACCUCUGUGGUGCUCUUGUUAACCUGUGCCAGAUUCUUCUUAAGGCGACUCAAGCAUGAGAGGAUCUACCCUGAUGACUGGCUCAUGAUAGGCGCUUUCCUUCUUAUGGGAGGGUUUGCUUCUACGUUCCCCGUUCUUCUCCAAACCGGAUCAGGAAAACAUGCCCACUCAGAUAUUGAAACUGUCGAAGAAACGGAGUUUGACUCAAAGUAUAUCAUGUUCGGACGUAUCGCCUACCUAUCUUACAUUUGGUCUCUGAAAGCUUGCAUUCUACUCUACUAUUACCGUUUAACUACUCGGCAGCCGGAACAGAGAUAUGUGAUCUUCACUUUCUAUUUGAUUGCUACGACUUGGACAACUACUUUCUUGCUAUGGAUGCUUCAAUGCCACCCGUUUAAUCUGAAUUGGAAGUUUACAAAUCCACCUCAAAAAUGUGCAAGAGUUGGACUGCUGUUCAUGGCAAUUUCGAUCAUUGUAACUAAUGUCAUUUUGGUUAUUAUCCCUUUGCCAAUGAUUUGGCGAACGCAAAUGGUGACAGCCACAAAACUUAAAGUAUCAGCCGUGUUCCUCGUUGGUAUAUUCCUUGUUGUAAUAUCUAUCAUACGAACCAUCUUGCAGGAAAGCAAAAUCCAACAAAUCGACGACAGGUUCUUUUGGGGAAACAUGGAGUGUCUUCUAAUGGCGUUCUUUGCCAAUGCUCCUAUACUCAACGCCCUUUAUCGACGCAUCAGAGCUGGUGCUGGAUCCAGCCACCUCGUAUCUAGAUCCGAUAUGAGAUCUGCCAGAAAUACAGAUGGUAUUGAGCUUUGUUCUGCUGAAGACUCGAGAGAAAUUGAUUUCAUGGAAGCGAUUCGAGGAGGACCUGAACCCGAGCAUGAGAAACUGUCAAGUCACACAUAUGCUUUACCAGCCUCGCCAGCACCAGCCAGAACCGCAUCCAGAUCUCCAAACCAUUCUAGACGCAAAGAAGUUCCCCAUACCAACGUACUACUCUCCGUAUCAAGAUCCAAAGGAACAAAUCGCGACUCACUCGGACGCGCCGUUCAAACUGUUGAGAUCGUCCAAACUUCUGAACCUGCAGAUCCUAAAAAUCCAAUGGUGAUAAAUCCAUUAGGAGGCGUUGGCCGAGUUGAAACGAAAAUUUCUCAUCAUGAUACCUCGCCGUUACCAAGUAAUCCGGAUAUUUACGACGAACUUUAUUCUUCUGCUCAUAGAUCUAUGACUUUGGAAGAUAUGUUAGCGGAGCCUAAUUCGCCUGGUCGGAAACAAAGAUGA